AUGAUUCAGUAGGGGAACUAUUUUGUUUUGACGGAGUGACGUGCACUGGUGGGUAAACCGUCGGAGUUGCAUGCUAGCGGAAAACAUCUCAACAUGGAGCCAGACGUUAUCCCCAAUUCUCUUUCAAAUCUUGCUGAUGAUUGUGACCUGGGAGCAAAUCUGAAGACACUGAAAAUAACAGACAAUGUUCGAGAAUUACAAACUGUUUUGAGGGACAAAUCAACAUCACGCAGUGAUUUCAUCUUUUAUGCUGAUCGAUUAAUCCGGUUGGUGGUAGAGGAGGGGUUGAAUCAGCUGCCCUACAGAAAGUGUGUGGUUACAACUCCUACUGGUCAGCCGUACGAUGGUCUACGCUACGAGAAGGGGAACUGUGGUGUCAGCAUUGUCAGAAGUGGGGAAGCCAUGGAACAAGGUCUCCGCGACUGUUGUAGAUCUAUCCGGAUCGGCAAAAUACUCAUCCAGAGUGACGAAGACACUCACGAAGCAAAGAUUGUAUACUCAAAACUGCCGGCAGAUAUCGCAUCUCGAAAAGUUCUCCUGAUGUACCCUAUUAUGAGUACAGGUAACACCGUGUCCAAAGCAGUCAAUAUUUUACAGGCUCACGAUGUCGAUCAGGAAAAUGUCAUCUUACUUAAUCUUUUCUGCACACCUCAAGCUGCCAAGAACGUCAUUGCACAGUUCCCGGGAUUGACGAUAUUCACAUCAGAGGUGCAUUCUGUUGCACCCAACCAUUUUGGGAUGAAGUAUUUUGGAACAGAAUAAAUGUGACUUUGUGAAAGAGGUUUUACCCCACUUGAUGUUUGACAGUUAAUCUCAUUCCAUGUCCAACGUUCACACGUGACGGUGAAACAUUCGAACAUCCAUGUGUUCCCUUGGCUGUGGGACGAAGAUGACGAUUCCAUCAACACCAUGUCACUGAGCCGGAACAUCAUCCUCAUUAAGUCACAACACCAUCCUCAUCCCGAUGUCAUUGUACUGUCACAUUUACUUCUACACAUUGAAGCUGUUUGAACCUAAGAUCCUCAGCUCUUGUAACCUCAAAUGGGACAUGUUUCUGAAAGCCUUAAAACAUUUUUUCAUUGUUUUAACAUUUUGAAUGUUGGUAUUGAGAUAAUGUGUACAUUACUGUUUGAGAUAUUGGUAUUUGUUGAUAUAUUGUUCAUGCGGUUAGGUGUAUAUGAAGAGCUUAGAGCUAAAAGGGGCCAAAAUGCACUUUGGCCCUUUUUGCAUAUUAUUGCAUAAAUAACAUCUUUGAGUUCUUGUCUACCUGUAGAAAAAAUAUGGUUUGUUUUCAUUGAUGCGUUUUUGAAAUAUAGCUACUUAAAAUUAUAUAAAAGGGCCAAAGUCAAGUUCCAAAGGGCCAAAGUCACUUUGCUAGAUUUUGGCCCUUUUAGUUCUCAUUUCCGUGUGUGGUUGAGACUGGUUGUCUGAGAGAGAUUUUGAAAGUUUGGACUCAUUAUUAUUAUGUUUCAACUGUUUUAACAAAGUUGGCAUUAGUUUGAAUCAUCUAAAAAUACUUCCAUAUUAUGUGUUUGUACUUUCAGUAAUAGUUAAACAAUCUCAUGUUAAAUCCCAUGCAAAUGCCUGAGGGUCAAAAAGGGCCAAAAUACAGACAUCGGCCCUUUCCACCCUUACACAAAUUAAAAACGUAAGUUUAUUUCCUUUUGUGAAUGUUAUUUAUAAACAUUUAAAUCUCUGCUGUUAGAAUGCGUUAAUGUCUAGGAAUUUAUCGGUUAAGUUCAUUAACAUGCAUUAUAUUAUGUGUUUUCAUCACUUUUCUCAAAACAGACUCCACAUGGCAUUGGCCCUUAUGGCUCCAAGCUCUUCAGUUGUGGGUCGUCCCUUAGGCUCAUGAUGCUGGUUUCAAACCAAUGAUUCACCAUGAUUAUGUUUCCUUAUUUGUCAGCACAGGCAUUUGACACAAGCUGGAGAAACUGAAAUACUAUUAUUAUACACAUUGCUCUUCUUUACUUAUCUUGGGGGUACGGGUGGCCACGAUUCGCUGUGCAGAGUUGAGUCCCUCGGGAACGCCAGAAACCUAUGAUUGUGGGUUAAUAUCAUGGUUCACCCCAAUUAUGUUUCUAGGUUUGUCAGCACCAUAUCG